AUGGAACAAAAUAUUCAUGUCAUAAAUACAAAGAGCAAGGUACAAUCGUCAGAGAUCACUAUAGAGAGACCUAAAAGAAAAGAUGGCCAGGAAGUGAUUGAUGAAACUACAAGGGUAGAAAAAUUUGCACCAAAUGCAACUGAAAAUAGAGAAAGUACAGAAACAUUAGCUGCCAAAGCACCAAGUCUAGAUAAAGUUUACAUGCCUCCCACUCCCUCUCCUCAAAAGUUCAAGAAGAACAAACAAGACACAAAUUAUGAAAAAUUCCUCGAUGUUCUCAAGAAGCUCCAGAUCAAUGUUCUGUUCAUUGAUACAAUACUACAAAUUCCAAGUUACGCGAAAUUUUUGAAAGAGAUGUUGACAAAGAAAAUGAAGCGUCCAGAGUUUGAAACUGUGGCAUUAACUGAGGAAAGUAGUGCAAGAGUCCAGAGCAAAUUGCCUCCUAAAUUGAAGGAUCCAGAGAGUUUUACUUUAACAAUUUCAACUGGAAAUUUCUGUUCAAUUAAUGCAUUGUGUGACAUUGGUGCUAGUAUCAAUCUAAUGUCGUAUUCUGUUUACAUCGAAUUGGGACUAGAAGAUUGA